AUGGGUAUAGUAUGUAGGCAUGGUUUUUUUGCACUGAACCAAGCUGAUGUAACAAAAAUACCAAGACAUCUUGUUGUGAACCGAUGGACAAAAGGUGCUGAGAUGAGGCAUUCAUUGCAGUUCAAGGAAAUAUCAGAACAGUGCAAUGCAAUUGAAGUUACAAAUCGCAAGUUGAAUGACAUAUGGUAUGAUUUCCAAUCCUGUGUGAGUUUGGCAGGUUUAGAUGGUGAGAGACUUGACUACCUGGAAGGGAAGUUGAAGGAGUUGAAGCACAGUUUGCGUGAAUCUAGUUGGAAAUUUGACACACAGAACAAAAAUGAUGUAAUGGAGUUUUUUGUUGGCUCAAAAAUACCAGCGGAAGUGAUCGUUAAACCUCCCAUUGAAGGUAGAAACAAGGGGUGUGGACGGAGAAUUGUUGGUGAUUAUGAGAAAUCAAUUACUCAACGAAAGAAAAAGGUGCCAAGGCUGUGUAAUAUGUGCAAAAAAAUCGAUUUCCAUGACGCACGGACAUGCCCAUUAAAGAAAACAAUACAGCAGAGUGAUGUUUAA